CUCUCUUAUCUGCUCGACGGCCUUAACUUGCUUCGAGCUGCUACCUAUCAGCUGCAGGUGAGAUCGAGCACUGUUGCAGCGCCAUGGUUGAGGACGAGAAGUCCACCAACCAAAUCCUCCAGGCGCUCGACGCGCUCAGUCACACGCUCUACCAAGCACGCGCUAACCGCCGCACCACCUCCCUCGCACUCCCUCGCUCGGCCGCCGACGGCGAUGAUGCCGGUGGCGCAGACGCUGACGUGGCUGAGGCGCGCCCGCGGCCCCGGCGCCGCUUGUCCCUGAUGUCACCGUUCCGGUCGAGGCCUAAGUUGGACAAGAAUGAGAAUGACGACGACGGGGAGGAGGAGGACGACAACGCGGCGCCGUUCAAGAGCCAAGGCUUCGCCGCGGUGACCACGGAGGCAGAAGUGGCGGACGGAGAAAAGAAGGGGAUAUGGAGCUGGGGCCCGAUCCGCGCGCUGUCGCACAUCGGAAUGCAGCGGAUGGGCUGCCUCUUCUCCGUGGAGGUGGUGGCCGCGCAGGGCCUGCCGCCGUCUAUGAACGGGCUCCGCCUCGCGGUGGCCGUGCGCAAGAAGGAGACGCGCGACGGCGCCGUGCAGACCAUGCCGGCCCGCGUGCAGCAGGGCGCCGCCGACUUCGACGAGACGCUCUUCGUCCGGUGCCACCUUUACCGCAGUGGCGGCGGCACCACGGGCAAGCCGCUCAGCUUCGAGCCCCGGCCGUUCCUCCUAUCGGUGGUCGCAGUGGACGCGCCGGAGCUCGAUCUCGGCCGGAGCGCCGUGGACUUGGGCUUGUUUGCGAAGGAGUUCACGGACAAGUGUCAGCAAGGGGAGUGCGUCCGGCAAUGGGACAUGGCGUUCCCGCUCGCUGGGAAGGCGAAGGGCGGCGAGCUCGUCCUCAAGCUGGCGUUCCAGAGCAUCGACGACUGGGGCGCCGGGUUGUACACCCAACCAGCUGGAGAAGACAAGACUAGCUCCUCUUCGUCGCUGUCCUCGUUUGCACGGAAGCUCAGCAAGUCGUCGUUUAGCAUCAUGCUGACCCCGAAGAUGACUCGCACGGCGCCGUCACUGACGCCGAAGAUGGGCGUGCCGUCUCCGGACUUGAAGGACAUUGACAACUUCAAGCUUGACGAACCCACCCCAGCGGCCGAGGCCGUCAAGGAGGAAGAGGUCAAGGAGGAGCAACAGAAAGAGCCAGAGCGUGAGGCCGAGGACGCAGAAUCCGAUGACUCGGAGCUCCCAGAGUUCGACGUCAUCGACAAGGGCAUCGAGGGACAAGAAGAGAAGGAUGAACUAAAAGAAGAGGCUGAAGCAGAGAAAGGAGCCGAGGAAGAGGAGGAUUCGUCGGCUGCCGGCGAGGUGAUCAAGGAGGCGAUUACCAACCAGAUGAAGGCCCUCGAGCCGACAAUGCUCGGCGACGCGUCGGAAGCGGUCACAGAGUCGGUGGAGCCGCCGGAGGACGAGGAGGUAGAACCGGACGCCAACGAGGAGGAAGUGACCCGGGAGUCCUUGCAGGUGCCGGAACAAGGAGAAGACAAGGACGCGGCCGCCAAGUCCUCACCGCCUCGAAUUGGGUGGCGAACUAUUGCCAUCCUUGUCACCCCCAUAGCAGUCUUCGUAAGCAAAACUCUUGUCACAAUGCGCUGAAAAUACUUAGGAGCCGUUUAGAAAAGUUGUAUUUGUAUAUCGUUUGCUACAAUGGUGUAUGUGUGCUCCUCAAG